AUGACGCCUCAAUUCGAUGUAACACCAAAGUGGCGAGCAUCGCAGCUUGCGUUCUUUCAACGCCAGUUCUUCAGGUCCCCUCCAACAUGGACCCGAAAUGACGCAGAUCUGAGUGGUAAGACUGCCAUUGUCACAGGAUCCAACACCGGUCUUGGAUUUGAGUGCAGUCGUCAGCUUCUGGACCUUGGUCUUGAGAGGCUCAUCCUUGCUGUCCGCAGUGAAGCAAAGGGUGAAGAGGCGAAGAAGACGCUCUUAGCGGGUCAAAAAUCUAGCAGGAUUCCCAUUAUUGAAGUAUGGAAACUUGAUCUAUCCAGCUAUGACUCAAUCAUGGCAUUUGCAGAACGCGCCAAAUCACUUGAGCGGCUCGAUAUAGCCAUCCAUAAUGCAGGUCUCCUCAAGAACACUUUUGAGGCGAAUAAUCUAACAGGUCACGAGGAGACUAUUCAAGUCAAUUAUCUUGCAUUAGCUCUCUUUACCUUGCUACUUCUACCAAUAAUGAAGGAGAAGAGUGUCUCUGGACAGCCCGGCCACCUUGCUCUUGUUUCAUCCGAUACUGCUGCAUGGACCUCGUUCAAAAAGAGGAACUCGGAAUCACUAUUCGCUAGCUUGGACGAACCCGAAUCUUACGAUGGUGGAGAUCAAUAUUCCACAUCCAAAUUGUUAGGUCAAUUGUUCUUAACUGAACUGGUGAAGCGGGUGCCCUCAUCCGUUGCCAUAAUUAACGCCCCCAACCCCGGUUUAUGCAAGUCCAAUUUAAGUCGCGAAAUAACCAACCCAAUUCAACGAAUCUUCAUUUCCAUAUUUUUUUGGGUUCUUGGGCGUCAAGGAUCUGUUGGAGCACGCGCAUUUACAGAUGCAGUUGUAAAACAAGGUGCAGAAUCGCACGGCCAGUACCUAGAGGAUGGAAAAGUCCAGCCAAUGGCGCCACUUGUGUACGAGCCUGAAGGCGAAAAGAUUGCAGAGAAGGUUUGGCGAGAAACUAUGAACGAGCUCGCUUUUGCAAAUGUUGCCGAUAUCGUCAGUUCCCUAAGCAGGUAG